AAAGGAUCCUCCGUCUCUUCCCACCCUCUACUCUCCACCCUCUAGAAAAGGAGGGCAUCUGGGGUCCCCUCGGCUAGUAACUCAGUCUGGGAGAGCGGCGUCAGCCGGGAGAAGGCUCCCGCCCCCAGGUCGUCGGGACUUCAGCCGGGAAUGGAAGGAUCCCUGCUCGCUGCUCUCUAGGAACAGGGACGGCCGGGAUUGGCACUGGGGGCUCUGGCUGGCACAGUAGAUCCCGGGCAUUUCUCCCAGCCUGGGUGCUGUCCUGACAGGCGGUGCCUUACCUCUCCAUGAAAGCUCCUUUCUUGGCUGUCCUCGGGACAGAUCCAGGAGGGGGGCUAGCGUUCCAUCACCUUCGUAAUUUUUGCUACCUGAGCUCAGGAGAGACAUUUCAGAGGCCUUGCCGACCUCACCAUGCCAGUUGCUGCUACCAACUCCGAGUCUGCCAUGCAGCAAGUCCUGGACAACCUGGGAUCCCUGCCCAAUGCCACAGGGGCCGCAGAACUGGAUCUGAUCUUCCUUCGAGGCAUUAUGGAAAGUCCCAUAGUAAGAUCCCUGGCCAAGGCCCACGAGCGGCUGGAGGAGACGAAGCUGGAGGCUGUACGGGACAACAACCUGGAGCUAGUGCAGGAGAUCCUGCGGGACCUGGCACAGCUGGCAGAGCAGAGCAGCACGGCGGCAGAGCUGGCCCGCAUCCUUCAGGAGCCCCACUUCCAGUCCCUCCUGGAGACGCACGACUCUGUGGCCUCAAAGACCUAUGAGACACCACCCCCCAGUCCUGGCCUGGACCCCACGUUCAGCAACCAGCCGGUGCCUCCCGAUGCAGUGCGCAUGGUGGGCAUCCGCAAGACGGCUGGAGAGCAUCUGGGCGUGACAUUCCGUGUGGAGGGUGGUGAGUUGGUGAUCGCCCGCAUUCUGCACGGGGGCAUGGUGGCUCAGCAAGGCCUGCUGCACGUGGGCGACAUCAUCAAGGAGGUGAAUGGGCAGCCAGUGGGCAGCGACCCCCGAGCACUGCAGGAGCUCCUGCGCAGCGCCAGUGGUAGUGUCAUCCUCAAGAUCCUGCCCAGCUAUCAGGAGCCCCAUCUGCCCCGCCAGGUGUUUGUGAAAUGUCACUUUGACUAUGACCCUGCUCGAGACAGCCUCAUCCCCUGCAAGGAAGCAGGCCUGCGCUUUUGUGCUGGGGAUUUGCUCCAGAUUGUAAACCAGGAUGAUGCCAACUGGUGGCAGGCAUGCCAUGUAGAAGGGGGCAGCGCUGGGCUCAUCCCCAGCCAGCUACUGGAGGAGAAGCGGAAAGCCUUUGUCAAGCGGGACCUGGAGCUGACACCCACCUCAGGGACCCUAUGUGGCAGCCUUUCAGGAAAGAAAAAGAAGCGAAUGAUGUAUUUGACUACCAAGAAUGCAGAGUUUGAUCGCCAUGAGCUGCUCAUUUAUGAGGAGGUGGCCCGCAUGCCCCCCUUCCGCCGGAAAACGCUGGUGCUGAUAGGGGCUCAGGGUGUGGGCCGGCGCAGCCUGAAGAAUAAGCUCAUCACGUGGGAUCCAGAUCGCUACGGCACCACUGUGCCCUACACGUCCCGGCGGCCCAAGGACUCAGAGCGGGAAGGCCAGGGGUACAGCUUUGUGUCCCGUGCAGAGAUGGAAGCUGACAUCCGUGCUGGGCGCUACCUGGAACAUGGUGAAUAUGAGGGCAAUCUCUAUGGCACACGUAUCGACUCCAUCCGGGGUGUGGUCGCUGCUGGCAAGGUGUGCGUGCUGGAUGUCAAUCCUCAGGCAGUGAAGGUGCUGAGAACAGCUGAGUUUGUCCCUUAUGUGGUGUUCAUCGAGGCCCCCGACUUUGAGACCCUGCGGGCCAUGAAUCGGGCUGCACUGGAGAGCGGGGUAUCUACCAAGCAGCUCACGGAGGCAGACCUGAGGCGGACAGUAGAGGAGAGCAGCCGCAUCCAGAGGGGCUAUGGGCACUACUUCGACCUCAGCCUGGUCAACAGCAACCUGGAGAGGACCUUCCGUGAGCUCCAAGCUGCCAUGGAGAAGCUGUGGAUGGAGCCCCAGUGGGUGCCUGUCAGCUGGGUGUACUGAGCUCUUCGCCUGGACUCGCCUCCUCUGGGUUGUGACCCAGAACGCUGAAUCCAUCCCUUUCCCCAGCUGUGACCCCCCAGCCAUGAUCCUUUGCUUCCAUCCCUGGCAGUCUGGCUCUCCCUGGAUAAUGGCUCCUAGUGGGCUGAAUCUGGCUUCAGUGCAGAGGUGUGCACUGCCAGGGAGGUGGGUGUUCAUGCGGUACCUCUGUGCCCAGGUGCUGCCCAAUCCCCAUGCUCACUGGCCAUCAGAUGCCUCUCUGAGGGCCAUGCUGUGCCCAGGAGUGUAUCAGAGUCACUUCCUUAAUGCUCAGUCCAGGGAAGAGAAAAGCUGCUUUGGGACCAUGUGGUCAGUAGGUACACUGCCCCCUGCCACCUCUCUCCAGUCCCCUAAAAUUCUCCUCUGGACUGGCCACAUCCACCCUAUUCCUGGGCACCUCCCAUUUCACCCGAGCAGCCUAGUAGCAGGCCUUAGGCUGUUUCCAUGUGGCCAGGGGGUGCCUGGGUGGUGGUGCCCGCCUGCUGCCAUCCUGAAGGCUGGAGGAGCCAGAGCCAGAGCCAGUUGCCACAGCCGGGGAAGAGGGCUGCUCUGAGCUCCUCCAGAUGAGGCAGCAUCCCACAAGCACACGUGGCCCUGUGCUUCCCCAUCCACAGCUUUUCACUGCCGAAGUCUCUCGCAGACUUCUCCAAUGUGCCCCUGGCAGGUCAGCUCUGCUCCCUGCAGGGCAAGGCUGGCAGGAGUCAGUGGGCUCACCCAGGGAGGGGUGGUUUGCAGGCUGAGCUCAGCAAGAGGAGCCUGCUGCUACUGGCCGAAGAAGGGCUCCAUGCUCUCCAUGGCCCAUGCUGGGGACAUGUCCGGCUCCCCGUCCAUGGUGAUUGUCCAUAUUGGUCUCUCUGGCUGGUCUGUCUGGCUUCUUAGGUGGCCCAUUCACAUCAGGGCUGCCUGGGGGGCUGAGGAAGGGUGCAGAGGGGCCCUCCGUGGAGCAUGGGCUUGAAGGAUGUUUGUGCUCUGGCAGGCUCCUCAUUGCACAGCUCCAGGGGGCGCUGUCCACACUAUUUCUGUGCAGCUUAUGUCCCACGUGCUGCAGUGCCUAGUCUGAGUUUCUGCCACUGGCAUGUGUGCAUCAGGUUUGGUUUUGGCGAGGAGAAACAAAAGGGUGGUUUUGCUUUGGAGAUCACUCUUUGGGUCCCCUUUUUGAGGUUUCUUAUCAGCCCCCAUUUCUUAUGAGACCCUUAUCCCAGAUUUCAGAGCCUUGGCCCUCCCCAGAUGUCUUCCUUCCCCUCUCCUAUUGUCUGUCUAUCCUAAAUGCCACCCUCCAUUCUUUGGGGAGGGCAAUUGUGGAAAAUAGGAAAAUCCCUUUUAAGUAAAGAAUGCUGCCCUAGACUUCUCCAGGCAUCUCAUCCCUCAUCCUUCUCUGUGAUCCUUCUGGGGUGAGCUGUCCUUGCAGGUCAUCUCCCCAAAGCCCCAACCCCUGGUCCCUGUGCUUCCCAGCCUAAUCAGUCUUCGUUGCAGCAUCAGCCCAAGCUGGCCCUUGAACCACUGUGUGCCCAUUUCCUAGGGAAGGGGAGGGAGAAGAAACGGAAUAUUUAUUACAAAGUUAGAAAUAUAUUUAUUAUAAUAGGGAUCUCAUUACAUUUGCAUAGAUAUGCAAAUGAGAUGUAAAGGUCACGCAUGCUCCCACCUCAUUUGCAUAGCUCUGCAUCCACUGUGCAGUCAUCUUUAUACUCGUCUUUUCCCUAAGUCUAUGCUUUUUUUGUCCUCCAUUCAGCUCUUCCUUGGUCACCCUCACCCUCAGCCCAAGGUGACCGGGAGUGGGAAGAAAAUGGUAGUACUUACCAGCUGACCUCAGGUCUUGGUUUUAUUUGCCUGUACCCACCUCACCUGGGGAAAUUGGGAGUAGAGAUAACAAAGGAUCUGUUGUUGUAGACACUCCUUUCCCCACUGGUUAACCUCCAGAAUCCCCUGACCCAGAGACCAACCAGUGGUGGGGAUAUGGGGGGGUUCAGGUUCCCUGCUGGGGAGUUGGUGCCUGGCCUUUAAGGGCAACUCUCCAGUGUUGAUGCUGUUCUGACACAUUAAUCUCUAGUGUGUGUGGGGGUGCAUCUGGGCUCUACUGCCUCCCUAGACCCCUCUUUUCCUGUUUCUGUCCCUCUCUGAACUGUGUCCUACAUCUGUUGCCCAAGCCCCACCGCAUGGGCCAGGGCUGGGUUGGAACAGGUGUGGGUGCCCACCGCAUUAGCCCUCUGACUCUGUCUUCCCUCGUCCCAUCGUGGAUACUUGGAUUUUCAGGACCUCAGGAUGAUGAGGACCUGCUCCCACUGUCUACACUCGGUCCCAGCCCAGCUAUCCUUCCCUGUGCCCCUCCCUCAGCCAUCCGAUUCUUCAACUUUUUCUCUGACUGGUUUUCUCUUUUUCUUUGAUUAAAUGUGAAAGAAAGCAAA